GUUCCGGAUCACCUCCGGAAGCGUGGACACGGGUCCCCACAAAGAAGACUAAGGUGGCAGAAGGGGGAGGUGGUGAGGGAAGGGGUAGGGGUGAAGGUCAAUGCCCACGCAUUAUAAAAUCCAGAGCCUGGGGGGUGUCUCCCGGCCCUCUCACCAAACGUGCUUUCUAGGGGAGGCACUGGGCCAAAAAGCUCUCGCCGAGAAAAGUUGAGGCAAAGAGAAAGCACGCGGCAGCAAUCCGGCCCCUGGUGGUCUAGGGAGCUGGAGAGGCGGGAUGGGGUGUCUUUCUCCAGAAGGCCGGGGAGUAGAGGGCCUCGGGGAUAGGGGUGGUGACAGAGGAAGGGGGCGCAGGGCAAGUUCCUUGGCAGAGAUAUCUUGGAGAAGGGACUCAACAUCCCAACCCCACUGCCCCUUCUGGGAACUGCAGCCUAACGCGGGACGUGCGCUCCUGCACUGGAGGGGCGGCUGAGAGGGAGGGUGGUCCGGGAAACCGGCCCGGAGGGAAAGGCGCGGUGGAAGUGAGUACCUCUCCCCUUCAGCAGUCCCAGACGCACAAAGCGCCGGUCACAGCGCCCCUCCUGCGUCUUCCGGCCCUAGACUGACGCGCGCAGGGCAGGGAGCUAGCACGGAGAUCGCCCCCUCCCCCGCCCGGGGCUCGCAGCGCUCAGCGCGGUCUAGCACCGACUUCAGGGCGUGUCUUCUGGCUGGAAGGGCUGCCAAGAGGGAGGAGAAAGGGGGGGGGGAGGGGAAAUGUAGCCGCAUUCGCAAGCUAUAAAAGAGCAGUCCCGAGUGCCCGGUUCUUGCACUCGCCGGAAAGCCACUCCGAGCCAGGGGCCGUCUCAAAGCCAGGUCGUGCAGUAGGGCCGAAAAUACAGAGCCCUGCGCAGAGCGAGCAGCACCCUGGUCAAGGCGGAGGUUGAAGAGGAGAUCCAGGCACUGAUCUUCGCGUGGUCCGGUGCCCCCGCCCCGGGGGCGUCCCACGGUGCUCCUUGUCCCCGCAGCAGCCACCCCGCCAGCGCCUGCUGCGCGGUGCCUCUAACUCCACGCUUCGAAGAAAAACUACCCCUUUGCAGGCAGAACUGUAGCGCCUCCACCCAAGUGACUCCGGGAGCCCUGUCUGCGGCCGGCUCUGCGAGAACUUUCAAAGAAUAAUACUAACUGUUAACUCUAAGCAUCCAGAGCGAGGGCGGGGAGGUUCUUCACUCCCAACCCAAACAAUAGCCUCCUCGCUCGGUGCGUUUCGGCGCGCGGUGCCAACCGGGACUCGGGUGCAGCUAGCGGUCCCCGCGGGGUUCUGAAGGCGUACCGCAGGCAGCAACAUGGGGAAGGCGGAGCUGGCACGGAGGUUUCACGGCUCGCAGCCUGCGUCCGUGCUGCUGCUGUUCGUGGCCACAGCGCUGCUGGUCCUGCCCGGCGUGCCUGGGCGCCUCGCGGAGGAGGAUGAGGAGCUGGUGCUGCCGGUAGUGGAGCGCGACCCGGGACACAGGAACGUGCGCCUCCGCCUGGACGCCUUCGGCCGGCAACUGAGCCUGCAGCUGCAACAGGACCGCGACUUCCUGGCGCCCGGCUUCACGUUCCAGACCGUAGGGCGCAGACUGGGACCCGACGCUCCUAGUCCCGACCCCGCCGGUGACCUGGCUCACUGCUUCUACUCCGGCACCGUAAACGGCGAUCCCAGCUCAGCGGCGGCACUCAGCCUCUGCGAGGGCACACGCGGCGCCUUCUAUCUGCAGGGCGAGGAGUAUUUCAUCCAGCCAGCGCCCGCCGCCUCCGUGCGCCUCACCCCCGCCGCCGCUGCCGGGGAGGAGUCGCCGGCGCGGCCCCAGUUCCAUCUCCUGCGGCGGAGACGGCGAGGCGACGGGGGCGCCAAAUGCGGGGUUAUGGACGACGAAACUCAGCUGGCGAAGGGCGCUGCGCCGAAGGGAGAGGAAGCCGGCGCAGACUGGCGGCGGAGGGACCCUGCUCCUGAGCGCGCGGGGCAACCGACAGGAAAGGGAAGCAUAAGAAAGAAGCGAUUCGUGUCCAGCCCCCGUUAUGUGGAAACCAUGCUCGUGGCCGACCAGUCGAUGGCAGAGUUCCAUGGCAGCGGCCUGAAGAACUACCUCCUCACCUUGUUUUCGGUGGCAGCCAGGCUGUACAAACACCCCAGCAUUCGGAAUUCGGUUAGCCUGGUGGUAGUGAAGGUCCUGGUCAUCCACGAGGAACAGAAGGGGCCAGAAGUGACUUCCAACGCUGCCCUCACUCUGCGCAACUUCUGCAACUGGCAGAAGCAGCACAACCCACCCAGCGACCGCGAUGCGGAGCACUAUGACACAGCGAUUCUCUUCACCAGACAGGACCUGUGUGGGACCCAGACGUGCGACACUCUCGGCAUGGCGGAUGUCGGAACCAUCUGUGAUCCCAGCAGAAGCUGCUCUGUCAUAGAAGACGAUGGUUUGCAAGCGGCCUUCACCACAGCCCAUGAACUAGGCCACGUGUUCAACAUGCCGCACGACGAUGCCAAGCAGUGCGCCAGCCUCAACAGCGCCAGCCGGGACUCCCACAUGAUGGCAUCCAUGCUCUCCAACCUGGACCACAGCCAGCCCUGGUCCCCCUGCAGCGCCUACACCAUCACCUCGUUUCUGGACAACGGCCACGGGGAAUGUCUGAUGGACAAGCCCCAGGCCCCCAUACAGCUGCCCUCGGAUCUCCCGGGGACCUUGUACGAUGCCAACCGGCAGUGCCAGUUCACCUUCGGCGAGGAGUCCAAACACUGCGCCGAUGCGGCGAGCACGUGCGCCACGCUCUGGUGCACCGGCACCUCUGGCGGGCUGCCCGUGUGCCAAACCAAACACUUCCCUUGGGCAGACGGCACCAGCUGCGGAGAAGGGAAGUGGUGUGUCAACGGCAAGUGUGUGAACAAGACCGACAAGAAGCACUUUGAUACUCCUGUGCACGGAAGCUGGGGGCCGUGGAGAGCCUGGGGAGAGUGUUCCAGAACCUGCGGUGGGGGCGUUCAGUACACGAUGCGGGAGUGCGACAACCCGGUCCCGAAGAACGGAGGGAAGUACUGCGAAGGCAAGCGCGUGCGCUACAGGUCGUGCAACAUCGAGGACUGUCCAGACAAUAAUGGAAAAACCUUUAGAGAGGAACAGUGUGAGGCGCACAACGAGUUCUCCAAAGCUUCCUUUGGGAGCGGGCCCGCCGUGGAGUGGACACCCAAGUAUGCUGGAGUCUCCCCGAAGGACCGGUGCAAGCUCAUCUGUCAGGCCAAAGGCAUUGGCUACUUCUUCGUGCUGCAGCCCAAGGUGGUCGACGGGACUCCGUGCAGCCCAGAUUCCACCUCUGUCUGCGUGCAAGGGCAGUGUGUAAAAGCUGGUUGUGAUCGCAUCAUAGACUCCAAAAAGAAAUUUGAUAAGUGUGGUAUUUGUGGAGGAAAUGGAUCUACAUGCAAGAAGAUAACAGGAUCGGUCACUAGCUCCAAACCUGGAUAUCAUGAUAUCGUCACAAUUCCAACUGGAGCCACCAACAUUGAGGUGAAACAACGGAAUCAGAGGGGGUCCAGAAAUACUGGAAGCUUUCUUGCCAUCAAAGCCGCCGAUGGCACAUACAUCCUGAAUGGGGACUUCACUCUGUCCACUCUGGAGCAAGACAUCAUGUACAAAGGGAGCGCCCUGAGGUACAGUGGGUCUUCCGCCUCGCUGGAGAGAAUCCGCAGCUUCAGCCCUCUCACCGAGCCCUUAACCAUCCAGGUCCUGACCGUGGGCCAUGCCCUGCGGCCCAAAAUCAAAUACACCUAUUUCGUGAAGAAGAAGAAGGAGCCUUUCAAUGCCAUCCCCACGUUCUCAGAAUGGGUCAUUGAAGAGUGGGGCGAAUGUUCCAAGUCCUGCGGACUGGGCUGGCAGAGAAGACUGGUAGAGUGCCGAGACCUCAACGGGCAGCCCGCUUCCGAGUGUGCCAAGGAGGUGAAGCCAGCCAGCACCCGGCCUUGCGCGGACCUGCCCUGCCCUCACUGGCAGCUGGGGGGUUGGUCGCCCUGUUCCAAGACUUGCGGGAAGGGUUACAAAAAGAGAACCUUGCAGUGUCUGUCUCACGAUGGGGGAGUGUUGGCUCACGAGAGCUGCGAUCCUUUAAAGAAGCCUAAACACUACAUAGACUUUUGCACGAUGGCAGAAUGCAGUUAAGCAGGGCAGGCGCUGGAGGAAAGAUGAGGAGAGGAAGGGCUGAGGCACUGAAAUCGAGAAGGCUGGAGGGAUCCGGUGUACCUUGCUGGAGAUGUGACAAUCCAUGUUCCCUGGUACUGGUUCAAUCCUUUGUACCCUGGGGGUUGGGAAAUGCAAAGCAGAAAACAGGUGAGACUCUUAAUCGAAGGCGUGGCUUACUUUACCUCACUAACAAUGGAGGGAGAAAGGACUGCAAAGAGGAGCUUUGACCAGCACUGCUAACGGUUGCUAUGAUUCCGAGAAUGUUUAUGUUAUCUUUUCCACCGAGAGUUAAGAAUUCAGGAAUGUCCACUCCGGAGAAAAAUUUGUAGCAAUGUCAAAUGACUCCGUCAAGACCCUUUGGCACCGUGCUCACAUCUUUGUGAAUUGGUUUUGACAAAGAAAUAUGCAUUCCGUGUGUUUGUAUGCUUGACACCUCCAAGGGGAAAAAAGCGGUGAUGUGUCAGGUGCUGGUAAAAACCAGAGGAGGCACCCGGAGCUCGGUACCUCCUACCUUUCUUUCCUCCUUGUAUAAGCCUACGUUAGGGAUGUGGGUGUGAAAAACCAGUUUGUGUCUCAAGAAAGUCAGCAAGAUCACGCAAAGAGGCCUGGAAUGCCAGAACAAGAAUGGGGUGAGCAAAACCAGGUCCCCGGUGUUUGGGGACAGUGGGAUCAUUUGUCUCGUGGCGGGGAGGCUACUGAGGGGUAGCAGGUCCAUCCCCAGCAGCUGGUCCAACAGUCAUAUCCUGGUGAAUGUCUGUCCAGCUCUUCUACUAUGAAAGAGAAUGACUUUUGCCGUGUGUAUAUAGUAAAACAUGUUACUAUAAAUUCUAUGUACUUUAUAAGUAUUGGUUUGUGAGUUCCUUCUAAGAAGGACUAUAGUAUGUAAUAAAUGCCUAUUAUAACAUAUUUAUUUUUAUACAUUUCUUUUUAAUGCUAAAACUCCUAAGUUAUAUCGUGAUUGUAAAAAGGCAUAUAAAAAUAUAUUAUUUAUACAAUAUAUGUUACUAGAAAUAAUAAAAACACUUUUCAAAUA